UGCCAGGCUCGGCCCUCGGCCCUGCAGCUCCCGCCCGUCCGCGGUGCGUCCUGCCCUCGCCUCCGGGGGUGGAAAGCAAGACCGCACCUGGGCCAGGAUCUACAAUACCCAUUGAUUAACUAUGGAAGACUAUACCAAAAUAGAGAAAAUUGGAGAAGGUACCUAUGGAGUUGUGUAUAAGGGUAGACACAAAACUACAGGUCAAGUGGUAGCCAUGAAGAAAAUCAGACUAGAAAGUGAAGAGGAAGGAGUUCCUAGUACUGCAAUUCGGGAAAUAUCUCUAUUAAAAGAACUUCGUCAUCCAAAUAUAGUCAGUCUUCAAGAUGUGCUUAUGCAGGAUUCCAGGUUAUAUCUCAUCUUUGAAUUCCUUUCCAUGGAUCUCAAGAAAUACUUGGAUUCUAUCCCUCCUGGUCAGUUCAUGGAUCCUUCACUUGUUAAGAGUUAUUUGUACCAAAUCCUACAAGGGAUUGUGUUUUGUCACUCUAGAAGAGUUCUACACAGAGACUUAAAACCUCAAAAUCUAUUGAUUGAUGAUAAAGGAACAAUUAAACUGGCAGAUUUUGGCCUUGCCAGAGCUUUUGGAAUACCUAUUAGAGUAUAUACACAUGAGGUAGUAACACUCUGGUAUAGAUCUCCAGAAGUAUUGCUGGGGUCAGCUCGCUACUCAACUCCAGUUGACAUUUGGAGUAUAGGUACCAUAUUUGCUGAAUUAGCAACUAAGAAACCACUUUUCCAUGGGGAUUCAGAAAUCGAUCAACUCUUCAGAAUUUUCAGAGCUUUGGGUACUCCCAAUAAUGAAGUGUGGCCAGAAGUGGAAUCUUUACAGGACUAUAAGAAUACAUUUCCCAAGUGGAAACCAGGAAGCUUAGCAUCCCAUGUCAAAAACUUGGAUGAGAAUGGCUUGGAUCUGCUCUCGAAAAUGUUAGUCUAUGAUCCUGCCAAACGAAUUUCUGGCAAAAUGGCACUGAAUCAUCCAUACUUUAAUGAUUUGGACAAUCAAAUUAAGAAGAUGUAGCUUUCUGACAGUUUCCAUGUGUUGUGUCGAGAACAGAUAGCUGUAUUUUUACUGUUAACUGUUUUUGUGUUGUGUAUUUUUCUUUUCUUUGUUGUAAAAUUUAAGCUGUGCCUCAUCUUCUGAUUUCAAAAGUGUAACUUAAAAAUGUAAAUACUGUUCUAUAUGAAUUUAAAUAUAAUAAUUCUGUAUAUGUUUGUAGAUCCCACCGUAACAACUAUUUGUUACUAUAAUAAAACUAUAUAAAUCUAGUACUGAUGUCAGGAAUUGGGAAAAAUUUGAGUUAGCUUAAAUCAUCUAAAAUCCUACAGCAGUCUGCUUUUCCUGUAGUUGGAAAUACUAAACUUUACGAAAGUGUGCUAAGUUGAAAAUUCAUAAUGCUUUGAAGUAUUUUUAUGCUCUGAAUGUUUAAAUUUUCUUGUCAGUUUCUUGCCAUGUGGUAACUCUACAACCUGCCCAAAGAUGAAUAUUUUUCUACUGGUAUUUCAAUUCGUGACCUAAAUGUUUAGGCAUUCAAAUGAGAAAACUAUCCAGAUUUGAGAACUGAUGCUUAAUUUAGAGAGGUUUUUAGUAACUUAUAAAACUAACAUUAGCGUAUGCCAAAGUUUGCUAAGUUUUACAGUCAGAGAUUAAGGGCUGUCCACAGCAGGGAAGAACAGUUUAGAAAAUUUAUGAGCUAUCCUAUUUUUAGGUAGGUUAUGAAAGUUAUUUGUCUGAGUGAAUUCUUGUGCCUUGGUCAGAGGUAAUUAUACAAAGGAGUAGUGGCUUAUCUUGGCUUUCAAGCCUGACUUUAAAACUCGGUUUGUAGAUUUUGACAUAGUUUAGUUUAUUAGCAGCCUUCUUCUAGUUUAUUAGCAGCCUUCUUAGAAGGUUCUAAUGUAAAAUUAUUUAGCUAAAAUCACUAGCUUUGGGAAUUGUUUAAUUAAUAA